CAAACAAACAGUUCCUGAUCAAUACUGGCCUCGUACCUUGGCUACAUUAUUGCACAAACUAUUAAGAGACAGAACAAAAACAUGAGGCCCUCAAUUCAACUGGUUUACUUUAUAUGUUUUCACAUCUUCUUUGAGAAGUGUGUCUGCAAAUCAGAACAUGACCAGGUUCUGUCCGUCACUGUAUCCACACAGGACCAUGUGAUCACGCUGCAAAACUUAACAAGUCUCAAUGAGACAGAGUUGUGGCAGCCUGCUUCACCCAUUUACAUUACAACAGACUCUGAAGUUCACCUUCACGUUCGCUCAACCAGUGUGGAGCACGUCACUGAAGUCCUGCGCAAACAUGCCAUUACUUAUAGAAUGCUUUUGGAAAACACACCAGCACUAAUUGAGAUGCAGACCAAAAAUUAUACAUCUGAUCCCCGGAGUGGAGGCGUGUUUUAUGAGAAAUAUCAUUCUUUAGAAGAUAUAUAUCACUGGAUAAACAAGACCAAACAAGACCAUUCAGACAUGGUGAAAGUUAUUCUUAUCGGGUCAUCUUUUGAAAAACGACCACUCUAUGUGCUGAAGCUUUCUGGCAGGAGGGAUGAGGUGAAGAGGGCCAUGUGGAUAGACUGUGGUAUUCACGCACGGGAGUGGAUCGCUCCAGCCUUUUGCAUGUGGUUUGUCAAUUAUGCAUUAUCUUUUUACAACCAGAACACUGAAAUCACAGAGAUUUUGAACAAUAUGGACGUUUACAUCUUGACAGUCCUGAACCCAGAUGGAUACAAGUACACAUGGACAACAGAUCGUAUGUGGAGGAAAAGCCGCUCAACUAACGAAGACAGCGACUGUUUUGGAGCCGAUCUGAACAGAAAUUUUGAUGCAAACUGGUGCACAAAGGGGGCCUCCGAUAAUCCAUGCGAUCCCACAUAUUGCGGUCGGUUUCCGGAGUCUGAACCAGAGACCCAAGCUGUAGCACAGUUCCUGCGCUCUCAUAAGAACACGGUCAAGCUGUACCUCUCCAUUCACUCCUACUCUCAGAUGCUCAUGUUUCCUUACUCCUGUUCCUAUGAUGAGAUUUCUAACCACAACGAGCUGUUUGAACUUGUUAAGGAGGCCUCGGCAAAGAUACGCAGAUAUUACAGGAGUAACUAUAAAUAUGGUCCUGGUGCAAAAACCAUUUAUUUAGCCCCAGGAGGAUCUGAUGACUGGGCUUAUAAUCUUGGGAUAAAGUAUUCCUUCACCUUCGAGCUUCAAGAUCGUGGUCGAUACGGGUUUCUUCUUCCUCCCAGCUUCAUCCCUCAGGCCUGUAAUGAGGCUAUGCUGGCAACAAAGAUCGUAGCCUUACAUGUGAUCAAGAAACUCAGGGAAGAGUCUCCAUAAACAACCUGAGCACAGUGUAACUUUUACUCUUGGCUAAAUAAAAUGUGCUAACAGCAAUAGAGAAACUGCAAUGUUUGUAACAAAUAAUAGUAAAAAAACAAUUUUUUUUGAUUAGUGUGUCCUAAAAUAUCACGCUUAAAUGCAGCUCUUUGCGCCAAAGUGAAAUACUUGGUCUGGCCUACAAAUUUUUGAAAAAGUUUCAAUAUAAAGCUUCAUUUACAGACAAAGCACCAUGUGUUUCUGUACGGUUUGUGGGGUAGCUGCUGUCAGAAGUAAAUACAGUUACUUCUCCUUUCAAUAAAACUCUCCAUUACACCGA